AAAACAUCAUAAAAUAGAAAAUAGCCAAUAACAAUAAAUCAAAAGUGUUAUUUUCGCAAUAAUAUCAGUCUUUUCUCAAAACUUAUCUCGUUUUUGUUGUUAGUAUUUACAGUACAAUGGCUGCCCCUAUUUACAAAAACUUUGUAACAGUCGACUUCGAAGUGUUUGGCAAAGUGCAGGGCGUAUUCUUUAGGAAACAUACACUGAAGAAAGCCAUGGACCUCGGUCUUAAGGGGUGGGUGAUGAACACUGCCCAGGGCACGGUGGUGGGGCAGGCGCAGGGCCCCCCGGAGGUCAUCAACAACUUCAAGGCAUGGCUGCAGAAUGUCGGAAGCCCAAAGUCAAAGAUCGAGAAAGCCUCCUUCAAGAACGAGGGGCCUAUUCCCAGCCUUGCGUUCAAAUCUUUUGAAAUCCGCCGCUAAAUGCAGAUUGUAUGGAAAAGCUUUUGACUGGUUUUUGUAUUUCAAUGCUAUUUCAAUAAAUAAUUAUUUUUAUACGUUUACACAAUAAACUGUAAUUUAAUUUCACUUUCCCUACA